ACGAAGGGUGUUGGCUAUAUCUGAUGGAAUUGAGCACAUUGGGAAUCUGCGUUGGGAACUUGCCCUGUGCCUCCUUGCUGCCUGGACUAUCUGCUAUUUUUGCAUUUGGAAAGGAACAAAGUCUACUGGAAAGGUUGUCUAUGUAACAGCCACGUUCCCCUACAUCAUGUUGAUGAUUCUUCUGAUUCGUGGAGUAACAUUACCAGGCGCUUCCGAGGGGAUAAAAUUCUACUUGUACCCUGACAUUUCUCGGCUGUCUGACCCACAGGUGUGGGUGGAUGCUGGCACACAGAUAUUUUUCUCCUAUGCCAUCUGCUUGGGGUGCCUGACAGCCCUGGGGAGUUACAACAACUACAACAAUAACUGCUACAGAGACUGCAUCAUGCUCUGCUGCUUGAACAGUGGCACAAGCUUUGUUGCUGGUUUUGCUAUCUUUUCAGUUCUUGGAUUUAUGGCUUAUGAACAAGGCGUGCCCAUUGCAGAAGUUGCAGAAUCAGGACCAGGACUGGCAUUCAUUGCUUACCCUAAAGCUGUUACCAUGAUGCCUCUUUCUCCUCUGUGGGCAGCUCUAUUCUUCAUGAUGCUCAUAUUCCUUGGAUUAGACAGUCAGUUCGUGUGUGUGGAAAGCAUUGUGACAGCUGUUGUGGAUAUGUACCCAAAGGUGUUCCGAAGGGGUUACAGGAGAGAACUGCUCAUUCUCGGCCUCUCCAUCGUGUCAUACUUCCUUGGCCUAAUAAUGUUAACUGAGGGUGGGAUGUAUGUCUUUCAGCUGUUUGACUCUUAUGCAGCUAGUGGCAUGUGCCUUCUAUUUGUUGCCAUAUUUGAAUGUGUCUGCAUAGGCUGGGUGUAUGGCAGCAAUCGCUUUUAUGAGAACAUUGAAGAUAUGAUUGGGUACAAACCCCUGUCAUUGAUUAAAUGGUGCUGGAUGGUCUUAACUCCAGGUAUUUGUGCAGGAAUCUUCAUCUUUUUCCUGGUGAAAUACAAACCUCUAAAAUACAACAAUGUGUAUAUAUACCCUGACUGGGGCUACGGCAUCGGGUGGAUGAUGGCACUCUCUUCCAUGGUCUGUAUCCCUUUGUGGAUCUGCAUUAAGCUGUGGAAGACAGAAGGCACUUUCAUGGAGAAAUUCAGGAAGUUGAUCACACCUAGCCCAGAUCUGAAAAUGAGAGGGAAGCUUGGAGGAGGAGCCUACCUUGCAGCAAUAAAUGACUGCGAUGCCAAACUGAAAGGAGACGGCACCAUUGCAACCAUUACAGAAAAGGAGACACAUUUCUGAAAGAACUAUCUUUUUUGUUUUAUCUUUUUGUAUAAAUAAAUAAAUAAAUUCACUUAAUUAUAGAGGCUGGCUUGUUUUGCACAAAAUUUUAUUAACCAGUUAAUUUUAAAGUGAAAAUUGUAUACUUGUUUAAAAGUGAUUUUUUUAAAUUACUAUACGAGUAAUGAUUAUGUAAAAGACAAAGAAAUAGUAUUAUAUGGUCUAUUAGUGAUGACUUCUUGUAAUGUGGUGAUUUCAGUAAAUGUUUUUUUAGAAGUUAGAGGGACCUGUAUAAUGUGCUGUAAAACUUUUCUACUUUGAUUUCUGGCAGGUGUAAUGUUGUAUAGAUCUCUGCAUUCUAACCUGUAAGCAUUUCAGACCAUUUCAGCUUUCCAUGUAUGUAUAUAAAGGGGACCAGAAUGUCCUGUUGUUUGUUUUGG